CCCGGCCCGCUGCCCGCUGCCGGACAGGAAUGCACGGGGCAGCUUUGGGAGCGAAGUUCUGGAGUGUAACUCUUGCCCCGAACUGAUGGGCUGAACAGCACGGAGAGACCCUGGGCCCCUGAGGAAGCUGCUGGGAGCGCGAUUCGACGCGGAGGACGAUGAGAUCCCCCAAGACUACAAGUCCCAACGUGCAGUACUGCUCCUGCGGUUGUGUAACCCUGACCCGGGGGUGGUGGGGGGCAGCCACGGCUCCUCUCCCACGCAGGCCAGGGCCAGAGCCGUACCCGGGCAGUUCUCUCUGCAGAAGAUAUGCCAUGGCACUGUCCAACAACCACAUCUGUCCUGUCCACAACUGGAGUUACAACCAGUCGUGUGACAUGGAUGGCCCCAGCUCCUGCUGCACACUGGAUCACAUCCCCCUCGUCAGCAAGUGUGGCACCCUGCCUCCUGAGAGCUGCUUCUUCAGCCUCAUCUGCAGCCUGGGCUCCUUCAUGGUCAUCCUGGUGGGACUGCUGCGCUACGCCCACCUCCUGGAGCGCCUGGGGCCAUCCCUCCUCAACACCCUGGGGCUGGCCACUGGCUGGGUCUGCGCUGCUGGCCUCACCAUGGUUGGCAACUUUCAGGUGGAUCAUGCCAAGGUGCUACACUACAUUGGGGCGGGGGUGGCCUUUCCCACCAGCAUGCUGUUCCUGCUCCUGCAGUCCAUCCUCACCUACCGCAUGGCCAAAACCCGAGCGCAGUACUGGACCGGCCACCUACGUAGCAUCCUCACCAUUGUGGCCUUCUUCACCCUCGUCUUCAGUGGGGUGUUCUUCAUCCAGGAGAGCUUUGUGCUACAGCAUGUGGCUGCCUUGUGUGAGUGGAUGUUCAUCAUUGAUGUCCUGGUUUUCUACGGCACAUUCACCUUUGAGUUUGGGGCCAUCUCCACAGACACCUUCCUGGUCCUGCUGAAAGCCAGCCGGGCCCCCAAAAGUUACAAAGGCGAGAGCAGCCUGUCCAGUACAGCCCACAUCCACAGCCACGUGGAGGGCCUGGCUAUGGCCUGACCCCCACAGGAGGCAGCCCACAGUGGAGACCCCAAGCUGGGCUUUGACAGUGACUCCCCACCUUGAAUAUCUCUGAAAACCCCGCUGUCGUGUGUGUGUGUGUGUGUGUGUGUGUGUGUGUGUGUGUGUGUGUGUGUGUGUGUUUAUGUUUCUGUGUGUACACGUGGGCCUGCGGUGCCUUCCACUCUCAGCAGGAACUGUGAGGGGGCAGCACUUCUCUGGCAGCUGCUGCCCCUACAAGAGCUGUCCCCUCCCUGCCCACAGGGUUUGGGGUCACUCCUAUGGUGUGGGGAUGCCAACCUGGUGCUAUCAGCAGAGCCAGGAUCUGCCCCUGAGCUGCUGGGAUAACCUGGUCUGAGUCGGGCUGCUGAAGGCAAUCAUGCAGAGGCUUCCUGCUGCAAGGGAUGUGGGGGAACGGGGGGCUCACCCUCCCCUCACCACACAAGCCUGGUGUGCUGGAAGGGGACAAGAUCGCUCUUUCCUCCUCGACAGGGGUACGGUUCAGCUGAGCAAGCCUUCCAGCUGGCUACUGUGACUGUCAGAGGAGCCAAAAACACUGGGGUGCCCUUUCCCUUCCUUGGGAAGUGACUGCACUGCCAGUCUCCCUGCAAACCCCAGUCAGGAUGGCAGCAGGGUGUCUCUCCCUGCCUGCCCUCCCAGGUGUCUCGCUCUGCUGCAGGAUGACACCAGCAGUCAGUCCCAGCUGGACUGUGCUGACCCCCCACACCAGGGCUCUCACUGUUUAGGGCCUUCUAUGCCAUCAGUCAGUGACUCUCCCCACAUUUUUUCAGCUUUGAGAAUUGUUGAGGCAGGUUUCACCUCCCUGGUCACAGCAUUCCUCUGCUUCCAGCUAGUUUGGGAAAUGAGUCUCCAAAUUUCCCUUCAUACGGGGGAUGUCCUGCAGGCACUUUGCCUGCAGAGCAGUGGACUUCUGCUCUGUGCCACUACCAGCCGCAGCUGUCCCAGGGAGUGCAGCCAUGGAAAGGGGAAGCGCUUCUGUAGGAACAGAGGAAGCGUGUGCCCCAUUCUUCUGGGACUCCCAAAUCCAUCCUCUGGUGCCUUGGCCAGUGCCUGCCUGGUGGGAGCCCAUCCUGCUCAGCUGCAGCAUCCUUGGGCUGAUGUGCUGCCCGGGGUGUCCUGGGCAGGGGGUUGGGGUGUCGAGGGGUAUGAGUGCUGUGUGUGCAUGUGUGUGUAUGUAUAGAUCUACAAAUAUAUAUAUAUAUAUAUAUAUAUAUAUAUACACACACACAUAUAUAUAUAUGUAUGUAUAUAAAAUCCCCUUGUCCCUGGAGAGGGGCAUUUACUGCUGCUGCUGCUGCUGCUGUGCGCAUUGUUCAAGUUGGGCUUUCCUAUUUGCCCACCUUUUCCAAACCGGCCUGUAAAAUCACCAGUAUACGUAGUUCAAAGAGGAGCCUUUCUGACUUUUGUAUCUAAUAUAUUUUUUAAAAAGUAUAUAUAAAGACAACAGUGAAUUUACAAUAAUAAAAGUGAAAAUCAGCCA